CUUUUUUAAUCAUCGUCACCACUUGUAAAAGUCAGAUAAUACAGACAGCAAUACAUUCGUUAUGAACCCGCCACUCUCACCAUAUGAACAGCGACCAAUAUUGAAAAAGACAACUUAAUACACAUAACCCAAGAUGUCCCGUAUCCUGACCCGCCUUCCCAACCGUGCCCGCCUGCUCCCUAUGGUUCCCAGACGAACCAUGGCCACGGAGCUCGGCACCUCCAAGUCCCCGCAAAACGGACAAAAGGGCUUCGUGUCCGUUGGCUCGCAGACACAGGGUGAUUCGCCUUCUAACCAGGGUCCUACAGAGGCCGGACAAAAACUCCAGAAGGAGAGCAAGGGCAAGCCGGAUGGAAUGAAGGGAGAUUCGGAGGAGGCGAGGGCCGCGGGGGGUGGUCAAAAGGCUGGGACUUCUGAUGGUCAGAAGUAAAGAAGCGGGUGUUGAGUGGAUAAAAAGAGGGUGAAGAUGUGGUGAUAUAGGAGGAAAUUAGCAAUUAUACGAUAUGCGCAUGGUCUGAUGCGGUAAUGAAUCGAUGAGUAUGGAAUGAUACUUGGUUCAAAAAUGGAUGUCCUCUGAUUUGGUUGUAUGUUGCCAGAUUGACAGAAGAAAUACCAGGCCCGAUAUGU